UAGGCGGGUGUGUGCUGUCAGCUGACCGGCCGUCACAACACCGCUGACAGCAGCAGCUAGCAGUAGCAGCUAGCAGCUAGCAGCUAACAGUAGCAGUAACAGUAGCAGCUAGCAGUAGCAGCUCAUGUAGCCGGAGGCUCCGCACCGCCUCAUGGCCGGCACUCAGCCGACCCCGCAGGCCCGGAGCCCGGCUCUGCUCAGCUCCAUACAGGCUGCACAGGACGUGGUCAGCACCGCCGUCAUCAUCCCCAAAGAGGACGGCGUCAUCAGCGUGUCAGAGGACAGGACGAUCCGGGUUUGGCUGAAGAGAGACAGCGGUCAGUACUGGCCCAGUGUCUACCACACGCUGUCCACGUCGUGCUCCUGUAUGUCCUUUAACCCAGAGACCAGGAGGCUUUCUGUGGGGUUGGACAACGGGAGCAUCUGUGAGUUCAUCCUGUCAGAAGACUACAACAAGAUGACCCCCGCCAGCACCUACCAGGCCCAUCAGGCCCGGGUCACAGUGGUUCUGUUCGUGUUGGAGAUGGAGUGGCUUCUGAGCACCGGCCAGGACAAGAACUUCAACUGGCACUGCUCCGAGAGCGGCCAGCAGCUGGGGACGUACCGCACCGCCGCCUGGGUGUCGGGCCUCCAGUUUGACGUGGAGACCAGACACGCCUUCGUAGGAGACCAGUCGGGUCAGGUGACCAUCCUGAAGCUGGAGCAGGACAGCUGCAGCCUGGUCACCACCUUCAAGGGACACACAGGUAACGUGACGGCGCUGUGUUGGGACCCGGUCCAGAGGGUUCUGUUCUCUGGUAGCUCGGACCACUCCAUCAUCAUGUGGGACAUCGGGGGCCGUAAAGGCACCGCCAUCGAACUGCAGGGACACAAUGACAAGGUUCAGGGUCUGUGCUACGCCUCACACACCCGUCAGCUGAUCUCCUGCAGCUCUGACGGCAGCAUCGUGAUCUGGAACAUGGACGUCACCAGACAAGAGACUCCAGAGUGGCUCGACAGCGACUCGUGUCAGAAGUGUGAGCAGCCGUUCUUCUGGAACUUCAAACAGAUGUGGGACAGCAAGAAGAUCGGCCUGAGACAGCAUCACUGCAGGAAGUGUGGCCGAGCCGUGUGCGGCAAAUGUUCGUCCAAGCGCUCCACCAUCCCGCUCAUGGGCUUCGAGUUCGAGGUCCGGGUCUGUGACGGCUGCUACGAGUCCAUCAGCGACGAGGAUCGAGCGCCGACCGUCACCUUCCACGACAGCAAACACAGCGUUGUUUUCAUGCACUACGAGCCCACCACCGGGAACCUGCUGACCUCUGGAACCGACAAGGUCGUCAAGCUGUGGGACAUGACUCCCGUGGUGUCCUGAGCUCCUUCACCAAAGACUGAGACGGUUUCAGGGCGACGGUGUCACCGGGGGCGAGGGAGAGGGAGAGGAGCACAUCCAUCGAUAUCGACCUCAUCUGGAUCAUAUUAAACAUCUGCUCACUGUGAGGACGAUGAAGCAGGACAGACAUCUGAGGACUCGAGGCCACAGACGGAUGUUUCACUGACUGACUGACGGUGCUGUUGGGUGGAGCUCUGUGAGACGGGACGAGGAAUUUGACUUUACGAGGAAAUUACUCAUUAUUUACUUCAUUUUCAUGCAUUCCUGCCGACUCUACAAAACAACUCGCUUGGUUUAUUUAGAUCAUGUUUAAAGAUGUAAAAUGCUUUAAAAAUAAACAGCAGUUAAAAGCAGGUGUCACCUCUAGAAGCUGUGGCAGGUCUCUCCUGUAGGUGGUGCUGAUGAGCUUAUUAACUGUCCAUCUGCAGCUCUUUGAAGUGACAGUAGAGAUGUUUAGAGGUGAGGUAGUAUGAGGUUCUUCAUACUCAGUGUUUUACUACAGUAGAUGGAACCAUCAAUGUUCUGCUGUGGACGUAUUUUAGACUCCUAAAAUAAUCAGUAUCAGUUUAAGUGAACACUGUAUUUAGAAUAUUUUCACCUCUUUACCUUUAUGACGGAGAACUGAAGCUGUUAUUUGCUACAAACACACCAGACUCCAUUCACAAAAACAGUGAUUUCACCUCUCAGGACACAGAAGGUUCUGCUCUACUGCUGCCUCCAUCUGGAAGUUAGUUUGUGUUGUUGUGUGACUUUGGUGUUUUAAAGGGUUCCUUCAGAUUCACCAAAGUCUCCCAAUAACACAAACACACUACCAGAUGGAGGCAGCAGGAGAGCAGAACCUCCUGUGUCCUGAGAGGUUAAAUCACUGUUUUUGUGAAUGUAGUCUGGUGUCUUUGAAGAGAGCUAAACUACGUCUACAGCAGUACUUUGCUUUGCUCCAUCUACUGUAGUAAACCACUGACCUCAUACUACCUCACCUCUAAACAUCACUACUGUCCCUUUAAUGUUAUAAUCUCCUGGUUUCAGAUGCUUCACUACACCUUCGCUUUGUGUUCAAACAGGGAAACACGUCAGAAAACUGGUACCAGUAACAUUUCAGUCCUUUAAACAGUUACCAUGACAGCAUCCACCUCAAAUUGACCACUGGAGGAGAGGACUGAGGGAAGCAGUUUAAUCAGCUCUUCUCCUGUUCAUCUUCAAAUAUCUUUAAAUACAUGUACAUUUCUAAAGAGGAACUAAACAUCAGAGUUCAUGAGAAGUUUUCCUCCUCUUAGCUUACAGAAAACUAAAGUGACGAGUCACGAAGAUGUGAGGAGAGUUCUGCAUCAUGAUGCUGUCAGAUCACACGGAGUUUGUAUUAACCAAUCAGACUGCAUGCUGGUCCUCGUGUGUUCUCUACUGUUUUAGGAGAUUAUUUAUUGUUACACACACACACACACACACACACACACACACACACACACACACACACACACACACACACACACACACACACACACACACACACACACACACACACACACACACACACACUCACACUCACACCAGGACUGAGAGGAAACUAAUGAACAUGUGAUUUUGUUCUCAUUGUUACUGUUUUAUUGUUUUUUAUGUCAUUGCACUGGAAUCAAGAAAAAUACGACACAAAUCGCUGCUGUGAAGAGAAAAUAUGAUUUAUUUUUAUUUUGUGCUUUAACGAUCAAAUGGUAACUAAGUUGUUCAAGCCCACAGCUGAAUAUUAACUGAAUGUUUCCCAAAGAUGUUUCGUAUUUAGAUUAAAAACAGUUACUAUCCAACAUUACAUAAAAACAUACAUAAAGGUCAGUUUAUAGCAGCUGUUUACUUUGAGAUACUUUAUCACAAUCAUCUUAAACAUAAACAUACUAUUUCUUUAUUUACAUAUCAUGUUUGUUUGUUUUGUAGAUUAGUUUCAAAUGCAUGGUGUACAGUUAUUAAUUCAAGGAUGUGUUUUUUUCUAACCUUUCCAAGAAAAUCAACAGCAGAUCAAAAACAGGAUGAAAAGGAAGACAAAAAAUAUAAGAAGGGCGAGUAAGAAAUAUUAAACAGAAUCAAAGAGUCGUCAUCGUUUCACAUGUUUGAUUUUGGUUCCUGUUUGUCUUCAGAAGCUGCUGUUGGUUUCCAAAUGAAAAAAAAAAAAAAAAAAAAAGCUUGUUUUUCAAAAUAAAAUCCUGUGAUCAUGUAAAAUCAAUUUAACGAUAUCAGUCUGAUGAACUCCUGUGAGGUCAGUGAUCAGUUUUCUGUUCAGACAGAAACCUGACAUUUGUUUGUUUGUUUGUUUGUAACGUGACGUAAAUAAAAGAGCAGGUUCUCCUCCUC